AGAGAGAAGGACAGAGAGAGAGAGAGAGAGAGAGAGAGAGAGAGAGAGAGAGAGAGAGAGAGGUGGUAAGCCAGUAAACCCAGGUAGGCAUACAUCAAACAACUCAAUUAAGGUGGGAAGAAAUUCCACAGGCAGCACCAUGAAAUUCCAUCCUCAUUUUUGGUUCCAGACCAAGGACUUCCACUCCCUUCCCUGCGGGAGUACACCCUUCUGGAGAUUGAGAAUUGGUACAGGAAGAAAAUUACAUUCCUGGAGCGCUGGAGCCUGGCAUCAGGUGCCAGAUUCUAGAAUUCCACCCCCUUUUUAAACUCAUGAAGCAGUUUCCAAGAGGGAUUGGAGCUGGAGCUUUUUUUUUUUACCUUACCUUCCAUCUUAGACUCAAUACUGUGUAUUGGUUUCAAGGCAGAGGAGUGGUUAGGGCUGGGGGUUAAGUGACUUGCCCAGGGUUACACAAUUAGGAAGUGUUUGAGGCCACAUUUGAAUCCAGGACCUCCCAUCUCCAGGCCUGCUCUGAAAAGCUUUUGAAAUUGUUUUCCCAUCUGUACCAGAAAUGCUGAUCUUUGCCAUAUAAUCAGCAAGACAUGUCCAGAUGGGAAGAGAGCGACCCAGAUUGCAAGGGGAUGUGUGCGCGCAUGCGCGUGCUCGUUUUAAACUCCCCGUUGACUUUCUGGUAGCGGUAGAUGGACCUCGCUGGACUCACCCGGAUCCGGGGUUGAAGGAACCAAGCUGAGUCACGUGCUGUGAGCCUCUGCAAUGUAAAUGAAUGAGUUAAUCACCACACAGUCAGUGAGGGGGCAGAUCACUAGAGCCCGGCAGCUCUCUCUGCAAGGCCCAGUUCCUGCCGCCCGGAAGGGCUGGGCAUCUGCUGCCAAAGGGGUGACAGCGGAACCGGGCGGCGUGGCCGGAUUCCUCGUUGGCUGCUGCGGAGGGAAGAGAACAAGUCCAUCUCGGGUGCGAGCCCCGGCUUGGGGAUGCGCGGCCAGAUGAAAGCCGCUGGGCGGAGACACGUCUCCCCCAAUGGCUGGUGGCACCCAGGUGAGGGGGGCGGAGGGUGGCCUCCUUCUUUCGGCCUUCCCGCUCCCCAGGGAGCGGGCCAGGAAGAAGAGAAGUCCAGCCCGAGUUGGGUCCGCCUGCCGGCUCCCUCCGUGGCUCUUCUCUGGUUAAGUGCUCGGAGUCUGGCUCUCACCUGCUGCCACACCCAGAGAUCAGACCUGAGCCAGGUGAAGCCAGCACACUACAAACACCUAACAGAAGCACCUGGAUCUGUUCCUUAAUUCACUGACUAAGAUCCUGUGGUUGAGGCAUCUCCCCUUAUGGUUCCCCCAUCUUUGGAAGUUCUGUCCACAGUGGAGUGAAGAGAUCAAGGAAAAGAAGAAAAGAGGGGGAAAUCCGGGACGUGACAGAAUGUUCCGCAAAAAGAAAAAGAAACGUCCAGAAAUCUCUGCCCCGCAGAACUUCCAGCACCGGGUCCACACGUCCUUCGACCCCAAGGAAGGCAAGUUUGUGGGCCUUCCUCCACAAUGGCAGAACAUCCUGGACACCCUGAGGAGACCGAAGCCCGUGGUGGACCCUUCGCGCAUCACCAGGGUCCAGCUCCAGCCCAUGAAGACGGUGGUCCGGGGCAGCACCAUCGAGGUGGAGGGCUACAUCUCUGGGCUGCUCAAUGACAUCCAGAAGCUCUCCGUCAUCAGCUCCAACACCCUUCGGGGCCGGAGUCCCCCCAGCCGCAGGAGAGCUCAGUCGCUGGGGCUCCUGGGGGACGACCGCUGGGGCCCCGACACAGACAUGUACCUUCAAAGUCCCCAGCCCGAGAGGGCCGACUCUUACGGUAUCUACCUCAACUGCAACGGGGGAGCCAAGGCGGGCCGCCGACAGACCGCAUGGCCAGAAUUCCAGGCCGAGCAGGCCCCCCCCAAUGGACUGGUGAUGAAAGCCCAGUCACUGGGGCCUGCCGAGUUCCAGGGAGCCGCUCAGCGCUGCCUCCAGCUUACCUCCUGCCUGCCCAGUCCCCCCCUGGGGCCCUCCCCUGGCCUCCCCUCGAACAAGAGCGGCAAGGCGGGGAGGCAGAAUCCAGAGGACCGCAGACCCCAGUCUUGCCUGGUGGGGCCAGCCGGGGGCAGGCCAGGCGGGGAGGGAAGCCCCAGCCCCAAGGCCCAAGAAGCCGGCUUGAGGAACAAGCUUUUCCGUAGCAUGUUCAUCUCGGACGGCGGCGGUGGCAAGCCAGCCCCUGCUGCAAAGAGCAAGCCCAAUUCCCUCUUCCGAUCGGUGCAGAAAGACUCUCCCCCGAACCCGAACCUGGCAGCCAAGGCACGUUCUUUGUUCUCCGACCCCUCCGGAGGGGACUUCAACACCCGGAUGGUCUCCGAAACCAGCAGCCCCCAGAAGUCCCUCCGGACAGCUCCGGCAGUGGCCCCGCCCCCAGGCCGCCCCUCCCCUGCCGGUUCCCCUCGGACCCGGCACCCGCAGACCAGCGCCAGCAACCUGCACCUCCCCCAGGACCCAGCCGCGGCCAAGGCCCUGGCCACAGCGGGAGAGGAGCCGGGGAUCGUGACCCAUGAACAGUUCAAGGCAGCCCUCAGGAUGGUGGUGGACCAAGGCGACCCCCGACUGCUGCUGGAGAGCUACGUGAAAAUCGGGGAAGGCUCCACGGGCAUCGUCUGCCUGGCCCGGGAGAAGCACUCGGGCCGCCAGGUGGCCGUCAAGAUGAUGGACUUGAGGAAGCAGCAACGCCGGGAACUGCUCUUCAACGAGGUGGUGAUCAUGAGAGAUUACCAGCACGUCAACGUGGUGGAGUUAUACAAGAGCUACCUGGUGGGGGAAGAGCUGUGGGUCCUGAUGGAGUUUCUGCAGGGGGGCGCCCUCACCGACAUCGUGUCCCAAGUCAGGCUGAAUGAGGAGCAGAUUGCCACUGUGAGUGAAUCCGUCCUGCAAGCCCUCGCUUACCUGCACUCUCAGGGUGUCAUCCACCGAGACAUCAAGAGUGACUCCAUACUCCUGACCCUUGAUGGAAGGGUGAAACUCUCCGACUUUGGAUUCUGUGCUCAGAUCAGCAAAGAUGUUCCCAAAAGGAAGUCCCUGGUUGGAACGCCCUACUGGAUGGCUCCAGAGGUGAUCUCAAGGUCUCCAUACACAACUGAGGUGGAUAUCUGGUCUCUGGGCAUCAUGGUGAUUGAGAUGGUGGAUGGAGAGCCCCCAUAUUUCAGCGACUCUCCAGUGCAAGCUAUGAAGAGGCUCCGGGAUAGCCCCCCACCCAAACUGAAAAACUCUCACAAGGCUUCCCCCGUGCUGCGAGACUUCCUGGAGAGGAUGCUGAUUCGAGACCCCCUGGAUCGAGCGACUGCGCAGGAGCUGCUAGACCACCCCUUCCUGCUGCAGACGGGGCUGCCCGAGUGUCUGGUGCCUCUGAUUCAGCUCUACCGAAAGCGAACCUCUACCUGCUGAGCCUACGUCGGAGUCCACCGGCGACCCCAGAUACAGGGAGCACCAGCAGCCUUCCGGGCAAGGCUAGGAACAGUGCCUGCCUCCUCUCAGUAUUUUCUCCAAAGACUGAAUGUGAAAUGAUCCCCCUGCCCAUCUGGGACCCAUUGCCCUUUGGUCCAAUGUGCCGACGAGCAUUUCCCCCCUUGCUUUCCCCCUCUGUGUCCUAAGAGAGACGCUCAUUGCCUUUGGGAUGACUGGGGCAACCUUGGCAGGAUGACAUUUGGGGACUUCUCCGGUACUCCAAUAUACAUCCCAUUCUUUGUACAGAACUGCUUCUGAGGAGCCCUGAAGACUGGAAUAGUCUUAGACAAGGCCCACCGAGCUCCAAGGUGAGAGCCAGUUGUUCCUGAAGACCAUUACACCAAACCCUUGUGCUUUAUGCCCACCAGACAGAAAAUCACAGGUGUCUCUGGGAGAAGCUUGUUGAGGGAAAGAUUUUAUAAGCAGAAGAUUUAUUUCCCCCCCUUACAUCCCACUUCUUGGGGGCAGGAGUUGGGGAAGGGCAUGGAUAUCUUACCUAAAUCUCUUUCCUGGCUCAGCAUACAUCUUCCCCUACAAUCUGGGUGCUGCUCUGGUUUUGAGCCAGAAACUGAAACGAAAUUCCACUUGAAAACAGAAAAUACUUUCAGUAGGAAACUCUGUCUCAGGAGAGAAUGUCCUCUGGGACAAAGGGAUAACUCCCUCUAAGAGGUAGAGGAAGCAAUCAGGGAGCCUUUGUUAGACCCAAAGCCAGGAUCAAUAAGUCCAGCCCCAUACUCAUUCCCAGAUAAUUUUAUUAAGGGAUUUCUUCCUCUUUGCCUGCCCAGUUUCUAAGACCAAGCUAGGUUCCUGGUGCAUCUGCAUUUCAGCCUAGUGGAGGCGAGGUGAACCAACCUUUGGGAUCCUUUCAAAAGUGGGUCCUUCUGUUUCUGGAGGACCCUUGGACUUCAGAUGGUCAGAGACAGGAGGUGUCAGAAAGCAAGGGUCGGGUCAUUGGAUUUCACAAAUGGAACCUCUUGCUCCACCCCACCAGGGAGCUAAACCAUCAGGGUUCAACUCUCCACUGGAGGUUUCAGUGGAGGCCUCAGGAAGCUGAAUUGGCCUUCAAGGUCUCAUUUGAACAUUUCGUGAAGACCAUCCCAGGGAAGAGGCUCUCAGAACAAUUUACUUCUGUUUCCUUGGGCCUUUUGAUUUAAUUCAAUAAAUACCAAUAUGAGAGCACAGUACCAGGUUAGGAGCUCCUUCUCCUCUCCAUCAUCAGGGCUGUUGAAGAGAGGGAUCUCCAAGAAACAGUUUUCUCUGCUCCACUCCCCAACCAGAAGGGAUUUUCUGAUCCCAGUGUUCCCAAUAACCUGAUUUGGGGCAAAAAUGAGAGUCCUUUUUUUUUUUUAAAGAUCAGAAUUGGAAACUGAUCAUCCUUCCUAAAGAACUUUUGUGAAUUGUUUGCACUUGUUUCCUGUUUUAAAUUAAAAUGGGUGUUCUUAAGUUCAAA